CUCCCUUUGAGAUUUUGGCUGAAAUUGUAUCGCGCUGCCAGAAAAGAGAACCGUGCUUUACAGUAGAGUGUUUGUAUUUCAUAUCAGUUUCCAGACGUGAGUGUUUAAUAUAAGAACAAUAAUGUUUUAUAUUAAUGCAUGCCAAUUCUUCCAGCGAUAUACCCGAUUGCGCAUUGGAGCUCACCAAUUGAACAUAUUCUCCCAGUCACAGUCAAACGAGACCUUCAUAAAUGACAGACUAGCUGGAUAACAAAUCAUUGGAAAGCAAAGCACAUGCAUUGCUGAAUUAGAAUCGCUUUGCGGCUUGGUGUAGUGUAAUUCGAGAGAAAAAAAUGUCUGCACAUUGCAAAAGUGAAUUUGCUUUUGAUAGACAUAGUAAUAACUGUAUGAUGAGGAUGUUAUUACUCGGAUCUUUUGGUGCAACACUUGAAAGAAAAUUCAAAAUAUCCACUUUAAGGUUAUUAUUUUCAUGGGCCGUCCUUCUGCCAGUCGCGUUGGGGUACGAAACAUUUCAGGCUCGUAUCCCCAACGGUGACCGAAUACCCCACCAUUGCGGCCAUUUGCGGAUGUGGGCGGGGCUGGGACACGUGAUUCCAAGCGGUGGAGGUGAACUAAAUCCUUUUGGGAAAGAUUUCAAGAAAGCAAACUUUAGUUUGAACACUGCUUUAUGUGAGGUCACGAUUAAGGUGGUUCCAGCACAUGUGCAUGUCAGGAGGCCAAUACAUGGACCCGUCAGCUAUGCCAAAUGGACUCGGAUGGUGACGGAUUGGCUAAUGGCGCUGAGAUGGGUGACCCCGAUUGCGUCUGGUCAGCCGGACAGGUCAAUCCAGUCAAGUCAAAUCUCUCCCACCCAGGCAUAUGUGAACCGAUUGAGUCCAGUCAUUGUCAACAUUUGAACAAACAUUUUACGCAGGAUGUCCUGAGCUGUCAGAUACGCAAGGACUGCCAGGCGAUGAAAGAAAAAGAUGUCGCAAAACUAGAAAUACGCAUGCCGGGAGUUAGUCUCCAUGCCCAGGAGACUACGUACCUGUGCAUGCUGGUUGAACUUCCUGUCAACGGUACCUUCCACGUGGUGGCCUCCGCGCCCAUCCUUGUCUCGGCCCUUGUGCAUCACAUGAUCUUGUGGGGAUGUUACUAUCCAGUUGACGAAAACGUAACAGAGAAAAUAGAGGAGCCGUACGCCUGUGGAAUGACUCCAAGCCCCCAUUGCCAGCAGCCGCUUGUUACGUGGACCUACGGACUCGAGGCGGACUGCCAUGCACAAGAUGCAGGUCUAAGGAUUGGACAAUAUGGUGCUGUACUUGCGGCAUUGCAGGUCCAUUAUCAUAACCCUAAUUUGCUGUCGGGCCAGACAGAUACUUCGGGUAUUGCAAUCUAUUACACUCCACAUCUCCGUCAGUUUGACGCUUCCACGUUCAUGGUCGGUCAGCAAUACCUCCACAUACCGCCCCGCAGCAAGAACGUCCGGUACAACCACACGUGUCCCGGGAUUUGCACCGCCGAGAUGUUCAAGAAGCCCGUGUACAUAACUAGGGCGGCCAAUCAUAUGCACUACUUGGGAGUUGCCCAAACGAUAACAGUCAUUCGAAACGGCCGAAAAGUAUUCGACCUCACAAAAGAUGACAAAUUUGACUAUGACAGGCCUGUGUUUUACCACUUUGACCCUCCGAUAAAGGUGAUGCCGAGUGACGAAAUCGUCACCGAAUGCGUGUACAACUCCCAACGUAACACCAGUACGUAUUUCGGGGCUGGAACUUACGACGAAAUGUGCUACGGUUUCUUGACGUACUACCCACGUCAGGAAUUCGAACCCACACUUUGUGUGGCGUGGAAAAGCGUCCAGAGAUGCAUCAGAAAGUUGGAGACGUUCAACGGCAUGUACGGCGAUUGCAACUGGAAGCAGUUUGUUAAACAUUUACCGCAAAAUGUCUCUAAGGUUCUUGCUAAUGACACGUGCGGCCAAUUCCAGCAAGAAGGGGUGUGUAAUUGGAAGUGUAGUUUAAUGUCACGUGACUUACUCUCUCAUGUUUGCCUUCAAGGGGAUAUGGGAGAAUUCUUGAUUGAUUUUGCAAAAAUGACUCCUUAUGUGAAAGUGCUUACAACUUGUGCAAAACACACGGCUAGAAACUCAGCAUCAUUCAUUGUAUGUACCGGUUUACAUAUACGUCUGACGCUAUGUUUAUAUUUGAUGUAUUUCUCGGUUUUCUUUUAAGUACAUACCUCUGCGUACAGUCAUCUUUUCCAAUGUACAAGAAAUGUGGUGUGUGUGAUGUGUUUUCAUUUUUAGAUUUGCAUGCUUUACAUUUCAACUAUACAUGUUUAGGAUGUUUUGUUAUUGACGGAAUAAUGAAAUUGUGAGAGAAUAUUGUAUGUUAUAUUACCAAAACCUACAACUUUUUAUUUAUUACAAUGUAUUCAUUUCUUCAAUGAAGAAUUUGUGUCAUGCGUAGCUAUUUAUCGUGUAUGUUCAUGCGUGCAUAGACUUUUUAUUUUACGUUUUUCACACAAUGUUCAUAUUAUGACUUUUUUUCUUAACGUGUCUUGCAUUGAAAUAUGUAAUCAAAUUGCAUUGAAAUCUAGCUCGCUACGAUUCAGGGAGUAGUAUUUGGAAUCUUAUAGACUUUUCAUUCGAAGAGCAUAUACCGUAAUAAUUUACUCUCUAAAUUGGUCAUAUAAUUGAAUUCAUACUUUACUUUGCAAUGUCCCUAGAGUUAUUUUAUUACUAUGUGUGAAUGUACGACAUAUAUACAACAAUUAGAGAUGGCGUGGGCAAUAAGAAUGACUUUUCACUGCAAUAUUUCAUACAUGCAUGAUUGUCUUUACGGAGGUUGAACGUUGAAAAAAAUUUGAUUCUUAAAACAUUUGGCAUUGAUUCUGUUCUUGGAUUAGAAAAAGGGACUCAAUAAAACACGAAACUUUAAAUGGUCAUAACAGUGAUGAGAAACCGGUAGAAGAAAAAAUUAUUGUUUGGAUUUAUUUUAUCAAAGUAUUUGUAUAAUUGUUAUAAAGUAUGUGCAAGUGGUAUAUGAUACGUGAUUUGCUUCAAUGAUAUAAUGUAAGCGUUUCGUUUGUAGCGUAUAAACACCUGUAAAAAAGUACGUCUUUGUAGAAAUUUGAAUGCGUUAAAAUGAAAGUCGCACGAUUUAAGUUAAAUGCACAUAUAACUGCAAAGUCCAUAUACAGACAUACUGCUCGUUAGGACGUUAUUGAAUGUGUCUGCGGAGACUAAAUUAUGUGAAGGGAAUGGAAGGAGGCGAGGUGGGGGGUACAGUUUUAGAUUUAUUUAAUUUAUUAUGGAAAUUUUAGGUCUUCUUAUGAGUGUAUGAUUAUAUAUUAUUCUGUAUUAUUUAAGCUGUUAAACAGUAAUUUGACACGUAGGCAUCUGUGUAAAUAUGUAUAUAUGAUGCCAUAUACAGUAUUCGAUUAGCUGAAUCAUUAAAAUAUCACAAACGUUUUUGACGGGAUGUUCAUCAUAUGCGAUCCAUACCUAAUGCGCAUGUAAUCUAGAGUACGCACAUACAUGGAUUCAUUUAUGAGAGUCUUAUAAGAUUGUGCGGAGACAAUCAUUAUACGAUCAGGAAUAAACGUUGUAUUUCAAACGGUA